CCGUGUUCACUAACACGUUCCAAAACGUUAUUAAAGUUGUGCCAAAAUCAAACCAUCAAACAAUUGAGGUUAGGGUUUGAAACAAAAAAAGAGGGCAAAUUUCAAUUCAUUCAAAAAUGGACAUGGUUGAGAAGAACAACGCCAUUAACAAUCAAGGUGUUGCUGAUAAUUCUCUGCUCGAUCGAGAAGCCGAAGAUCGUGAACGUCAAGCCCGCGACCUUAAAGCCGGCCUUCACCCCCUUAGGCACAAGUUUGUAUUUUGGUAUACUCGUCGAACUCCUGGUGUGCGUACACAAACACCUUAUGAAGAGAGCAUAAAGAGACUUGUGGACUUUAGCACUGUUGAAGGAUUCUGGGUCUGCUAUUGUCAUUUUGCCCGUCCUUCUACAUUACCAAGCCCAACUGAUUUGCAUCUUUUCAAAGAUGGAAUUCGCCCACUAUGGGAGGAUUCUGCUAAUUGCAAUGGUGGGAAGUGGAUCAUCCGAUUCAAGAAGGCUGUUUCAGGGCGCUUCUGGGAAGACCUGGUUUUAGCCUUGGUAGGUGACCAGCUUGACUAUGGUGAUAAUAUCUGUGGUGCUGUACUCAGCAUAAGGUUUAGUGAGGACAUAUUGAGUGUUUGGAAUAGGAAUGCAUCCGACCAUCAGGCUGUGAUGGGAUUGAGAGAUGCUAUAAAACGUCAUUUGAAGCUUCCCCACAGCUAUGUGAUGGAAUACAAGCCUCACGAUGCUUCUCUACGUGACAACUCUUCAUACCGAAACACAUGGCUGAGGGGAUAAAUUAAGACGGGAUUUUUGUAUACAGGAAGUGUAUCUUUGAAGGGAGGUUCUUGACGCACUUGUUAAUGUUCCUGUUUUUAGGAGUCGUAACUUAUCUUGGGUCCUCACUUCCCAAAUGUUCCUUAAUGGCCAAAAUCACACUGAAGUGAUGCCAGCUAAGUGAUAUUAUUAUGUAUCAAUCUGUUGAACAUGUUUAUGUUGGACCUGAAUAUUUGCAAGGCUCUUGAAAAUAUAUGACAGGAUCCUUGCCAGAAAUCUGUAAUGAAUACUGUAACUAGGUCAAUACUUUUGGAAUUUACACUAUUUCAGCAUCUAGAUUUUAAUUGUAGGGUGAGAUAAUGAGACAAUGUACUUUUACUCCUUUCAGUUUUACUUACUUGCAAGUUGCAACGCUUUGACUAAAA